UUGUGUUGUAACAGUCUUUCUGCAGACCUGAAGGUGUGUCCCUGCCUUUAUAAACACCGCGCUGCUCUUCCAGAGCUCUGACUCUUUAGGAAGAGGGGAAUUGCAUCAGAAGUUGUGUUUGGGUGUCUCCGAGCCCUCUGUAAGGCAGGUAACAAGCAGAAGAGAGACCAUGAAGAUCAAAAGCUUGGGACUCCUUUGUGUGUUGAUGCUAGUCUCCCAGAUGCUACUAGCCAACUGUGAAAGACAGAAGGAAAGAAAAAAGGGAAGAGAAGGCAUAGAACAUGGUGGAAAAAAACAAAAGGAAUCUAACAAAGGAAACGAAGAAGGACAGAAGUCAAAAGGAGGAAAAUCUCUUAAAGGCAAGUUUAAAACUGAAGAAAAUGCUGAGUGCAGCUGGUCAGUAAUGGACACAAAUGUUGUUACUGUGAAUGUACAGUGCAAGCAUGGUGACAGUGAGUUCUGGUGUGAAUUCUCUGGGGACCCUUCUAGCUGUGCACAGUAUGCAGCAAACAAGAAAUCCUACUGGAAACAAGUCUCCCGAUCCCUAAAGAAGCAGAAGCAGAUUUGUCAAGAUCCCAAAAGUGUUCUAAAAUCUAAAUUAUGUAGGAAAGGCCCACAAAGUGCUCACCUCAGGUUGACUCACUCAAGCCUACUAACAGCAAUGGAUCCUGCCAAAGAAAACUCAAUGCAUCACACACAAGAGGUUGUUCAGACUCCAGCAGAUGCCUCUGUGACUGAAAAAAGGCUAGAACACAGUCCUCAAGACUGUGUUGAAGAUGUAGAUUACAUUGACCAGAAAAAGGUGGCUGAGGAAUACUGUCCAGAAGGCUUUCUUUCUUUCUGCAACUUUUUAAUCACAAUGAUCCAAGACAAACGAUGCUGA